CGGGAAGGUGCUCUCUCUCUCUCUCUCUCUCUCUGGACUUCUGUUGGCGGAUUAACACAAGGCACAGGUGAUCAUUUUGGAAAAAUGGCACUCGCGCCUCGCCUCGUGCUGGCGGCGGUGCUGGUCUCCGCAACUCUCACCACCGCCUCGCGACGAGGCUCCGUGGAAAACGUGAGUGGCGAGAUUCCAAACGAUCGUGACGGCCAAAUCUUAAUUCCCGAGCAAAAUGCUGUAGUUGACAAUGGUCUUCCGGGACUCCACUUUUACACGCACGAUAACGUGUCGGUAGUAAUGGACUGUAUUAUGGCUAUGAACGCAGCUUACAGGCACGAACUUCUCGCAUCAAAGUGGGAGAAGGUGCUUUAUACUUGCCAGACACGCGAUGGUUCCGCUCACUUUCGCUCUCGGAGAGCAGCGCCAGAUCCAGAUGUGCAGGGGACGGAUGAAGCUGCACUUGGAGCGAACGUUUGGGAGUCGAGAAAGUUCCCAACAGAAGGAGGUGAAGCAGCUGAAGAGGAGCUGAGCCAUCCCACACUCGACACACUCGGGAUUCGUCUGCGUAGAUCCAGAUACGACAGCGGUUCCGGCCGGCGCAGGCCCGAUCCUUCACACACCAGCCCUCAGGAGCACAGGUCACUCCUUACCAGGAUACAGCCUCGUCUUCCGUCUGAGGAAAGGAGAGGCCAGAGGAAGGGAGACGAAACCAAACUUGAACACACACACGUGACCCAAGGGAGGGAUAAUUAUGGCACCUUGCCCGGCGUUGAGGCACAAGAACGAGACUAUAAAGCCCCCUCCCAUGGUUACAAAGGGCAGUCCCAUGAUCACAAGGGACCUUCGCAUGGUUACGACCACAAGGCUCCAAGUUACAAACCAAUACCUUAUAAAGGCCCCUCAUAUGGUCCAUAUGAUUUCCAACCCAAAGGAAAAGCCAAGUUUAGCAAAAAGGGCAAAUAUGGAGACGACCCGGUUGCUGAGUCGCAAAAAUCGAAGUACAAUCGACCUUACUACGACGAGCCUCAGUCUUACUUUGGGGGUUUCGGAGGUGGAGGGACUGUCGGUUACAAGGCUCACGGGGGAGGAGGAGGAGGUUAUGGCAAAGGUCACGGGGGAGGAGGAGGAGGUUAUGGCAAAGGUCAUGGAGGAGGAGGUUAUGGAAAAGGUCACGGGGGAGGAGGAGGAGGUUAUGGCAAAGGUCACGGGGGAGGAGGAGGAGGUUAUGACAAAGGUCACGGGGGAGGAGGAGGAGGUUAUGGCAAAGGUCACGGGGGAGGAGGAGGAGGCUAUGGCAAAGGUCAUGGAGGAGGAGGAGGCUAUGGCAAAGGUCACGGAGGAGGAGGAGGAGGUUAUGGCAAAGGUCAUGGAGGAGGAGGAGGAGGUUAUGGCAAAGGUCAUGGAGGAGGAGGAGGGGGAUACGGCAAAGCUCAUGGAGACGGGUACGGCCACCAAUACAGUGUUCAGUACCACGAAUCAGUCUAUAAAGUCCCAAGUUACAAGGGUCAGGACACGAGCUACGGCUUUACCGAGGAUUCUCCCACGUAUGAUUAUAGCGAACAAAGUUACGAAGCACCAGCGCCAUCUUACGAAGCCCCGGCGCCCUCCUACGAAGCCCCGGUGCCCUCCUACGAAGCCCCGGCGCCCUCUUACGAAGCCCCGGCGCCCUCCUACGAAGCCCCGGCGCCCUCUUACGAAGCCCCGGCGCCCUCCUACGAAGCCCCGGCGCCCUCCUACGAUGCCCCGGCGCCCUCCUACGAAGCCCCGGCGCCCUCUUACGAAGCCCCGGCGCCCUCCUACGAAGCCCCGGCGCCCUCUUACGAAGCCCCGGCGCCCUCUUACGAAGCCCCGGCGCCCUCUUACGAAGCCCCGACAUCGAAUUAUGACUCGCCAUAUACAAGCCACAAAGGGCCGUCCUCAGGUAUUUCAUAUGAGGUUCUGGACGACCCGUAUAAUACCUACAACGCUCACGAUGAUGUUAGCCUAAAGAAGGUCGAGGAUUCCUACAGCCACCUCAGAGCCGCCGAUGGAGGGCGUCCGGCUUUCAUCGGAGUAACCGAAAUGUUGUCCACGAAUCCUUACGAAUCGGCGGGCGAGGCCAGAACUGUGAUUACAACCAGGGAGCCCAAGGCAGAAGGCGUGAGGGGAGAAGGGCCAAGGGGUACGGCCUUGCACAGCCAGCCCUCGAAUCCGUUUCCUUCGGCGUACCCAACGAACCUGAAGCCACAGAAUCUCAGGCCAUUCGACAACAUCUUUGGCAAUUUCGACGACGUUUUUGACGGAUCUUUCGCUGGUUUCACGUGAUUCUUCUCUCCUUCCGUCUCGAUCUUAGUCCUCUUCGUUCUUAGAAACUGAAAGAAAAUCAUGUUUUUAAUCCUUUUCUACAAAAUUAUUUUGAUUCUAAUUUUUAAGAGUGGCUUGUUGCUAUCCAUUGUUUUCUGCAUUCACUUUUUUUUAUUGGUUCACUUUAUGAGUUGAUUUCAGUUUUAGCAAUAUUUUUUUUGUUUGUGUGAAAUGUUUACCGCAAAUUGAUUCUAGUCUAUAUGUUGGCGUGACGGCUGGCCCGCACCGGAGAAAGGGAAAACUUUAAAUCUUGCUUUCAUUUUGCAUACCAUUACCAUCGUUAUUAGGGGUCCUCGUGUUGCUAUUAUUAUUGUUAUCAUUAAUAUUAUCAUUGUUGUUAUAAAUGUAUAAUUGUUAAUAUUAUUAUCGCCAUUAUUAUUGUAAUAAUCAUUACCAUGAAUACAAUCCCCAUGAAAAUGUUGUGCGUUUAAUUAGAAUAAACAGACUUUAAAUACA